AGGGGUAGCCUCAUUUACGUCAGCGAAUCUGGUUCUGGUGCUUGGACAGUCCGAAAAUGUUCAAGCUUUCCUGGAGCAACACGGCAUAUCUGCGCACGUAUGUGGAUGUAAAUAUGUUUACGAUGGAGAUAUGUAUUAUUGGUCUAGAAACGAGCACUUCUAAAAGCAGUACAUGUCAAAGUAAAUAGUGGAAUUACAUCGCUGGAGGUAACACUGAACGGCAGCCCCAGAAAAUAUCUCUGGCCCUUCAAUGAAGCUCCACUGCCCAACUCUUGUGACCCUAGAAGAGAAGUGACCUACAUGGAUCCCCUGUCUGAGCUGACAUCACUCUCCCCCCCCACAUCCAUGUCCUCUCCACCUCCCCCAACCAUGUCUCACCCACCACACCCGACCAUGUCUCCCCCACCUCCCCCUGCCAUCUUCCCACCACCCCCACCUCCUCCACUGCCCGGUGACCUCCAGAACAGUCGGGAUGUCCUGCAACGGUCCAAGUUACGCAACCUGAACUGGGACCUCAUUCCGAAGGAGAAGGUAGAGGGCCGUCAGAGUGUCUGGAACAGUCCAGAUGAGUUCCACUUCGACCUGAGCUCCUUGGACGAGCUGUUUGGACAACAGAAGAGGUCUCGGCCCCCCAAGAAGGAUGGCAGUUUACGGCAUGGUCUCAGACCUAUUGGCUCCCCUCUACACAAUGCACCUGAAAAGGUAUCACUUCUUGACGGGAAGCGCAGUAUGAAUGUGGGAAUUUUCCUCCGGCAGUUCAAGAGUGCAGUCAGGGAGAUAGUGGAGAACAUCAGGCAGGGGGCUGGGCAGCACUAUGGGAGUGAGAUGCUCAGUGAACUGUGCAAAAUGCUGCCUGAGACUGAGGAGGAGAGGCGUCUGAGGGCAUACCGGGGAGAGCGUAGCCAUCUUGAAGACCCUGACCUCUUCAUGCUCCUACUAGUGGAGGUGCCCAGUUAUCGCUUGCGUUUGGAUGCCAUGAUCCUGCAGCAGGAGUUUGACCCGGCCUUAUCUGCUCUGUGUGUGUCAGCACGCUGCUUGGUGUCUGCAGCCACAGAGCUUUUGAGCUGCCCAGAGUUGCAUUCCAUCCUACGGCUGGUCCUGAGGGCAGGAAAUUACAUGAAUGCCGGAGGUUACGCAGGCAAUGCUGCUGGGUUCCGCAUCGCCUCUCUGCUCAAACUAGCUGACACCAAAGCCAACAAACCAGGCAUGAACCUGCUGCAUUAUGUGGCCAUGGAAGCCGUUAGGAAAGACCCAACCCUGCUGUCCUUUCCCCUCAAGCUGAGCCAUGUGGGUCCAGCCUCCAGACUGUCUGUGGAUGUGGUGCAAGGGGAUCUGUCUCAGCUGUGCAGCAGACUAACUGGACUAGAGAGGAGAAUUCAGACUGAACCUGUUCUCCAACAGCAAAUCAAAUCCUUCCUCCAGAGCGCUGAGGGGAGGCUGGAGGAGGCAGAGGUGGAGGUGGAGGCUCUACUGCAGGCCCAACAGGACCUGUUGGACUUCUUCUGUGAGGAUGAUGUCACGUUCAAGCUGGAGGAGGCCUGCAGCAUCUUUUACUCCUUCAACAUUCGCUUUCAGAAAGCUGUAGAGGAGAAUGCAAAGAGGGAGCUUCAGGAACAGAAGCGAGCAGAGAGAGAGAGGCUGGAGAGGGACCGGGACAGGACGGUGAGACGUCGCUCCAUAGCCAACUGUUCAGCCCUGGAGGUGGGACUCAGGGACAUCCAGCAAGAAGACCUGGAGAGCACCCUGGAGAGGAGCCUCUACCACACCUGGCAGAGCCGCCACAACGUACGAAGCCCAGACAGCCGACUACGUGCCAUGAGUCAAACCUUACACAACUUACUGGAGAACAUCAAUGAUGAUGAUACUACAGAAUCAUGUGACACACCACCACCAACCCUUGCUCACUCACCACCACCACCCAAGACAAAGCUUCAGCAGAGUGUGUCUGCUCCCCCCUCUGACCCCACAAACAGCAUGUCAGCCAAGCCUGCCCAGGAGACCACCCCUCCAGUGGACAUCCCACAGUCAUCUCUGGAGAGUGCCGAUCUGCUGAGACGUGUAGCAUCUAAAGUGGUGAACCAGCAGUGCAGUCUACAAGAAAUGUCUGACCCAGAGAAACAGCAUGACACAGCCUCUGCCCAACCCACCACCAAGGGACAGUCACAGAAGCCUGGGGAAUGGGAGUGUCUGUAUUCAUGCAUGGGAGACACAGUAGUGUGUCACACUCUUGUGACUGGCCUAUGCUCCUAUAAGAACCUGAGCCCAACACAGCCCUGGGAGGAGCCCACGGAAGGAUCCCACUGCUUCUUACGGUUGAGGGACAAGCAGGUCAGAGCGGCAUCACCCCAGGUCCACAAAGCGGCAGCACCCCAGGUCCACAAAGCGGUAGCACCCCAGGUCCAGGGGGACAACGUGCAGAACAAAAAGGUGCUGCAGAGAACUAUACCCAGGAGUAGGGCUUCCACACCCUCCACAAGCCCUACUUCCACCCUUUCCUCUACUGCCUCUGCCAUCCCUACUCCCACAGCCUCGGCCAUUCCCAAAAUGCAAGGCAGGUCAGAGGCAGCCUCCACAUGGUCCUCACGUCUCCCUCUCAGGAACUCAAUGCGUUCCCCAACUCCAAUCACCUCCAGAGAUCAUACUGAGGUCAGACCGGAAGGGAUUGUUAGGGAAAAAAGGCCAUCUCUGAAUGAGCAGACCAAAAAAAAGCAUCCACUUCGUCGACUACUAGAAAAAGCCAAACCAAAUGAGAAGGAGAGAGAGGAGAAGAUAAAGAAGGAAAGAGAGCUGGAGAGUGAAAGAGAGAGGGAGGGAGUGAGAGAGGAGAGGGAAAGUGAGAAGGUAAAGCAGAAGGAGAAGAAAAGAGUGAAAGAAAGGGAGAAGGUCAAGGAGAAAGAGAAGGUGAAAGAGAAGGAGAAGGAGAGGAAGAUGGCGAAGGAGAAGGUGCAGAUGAAAACUAAGCUAAAGGGGAAAGAGAAGGAAGUCAAAGUGGAGCCAGUGAUGGAGUCAGCUCUGUGUGUGUCCAAGCGGCUGCCCCUGCACCCUGACUUUCAUACCUCUCUGCCUCGCCGUGCCCUUCAGAGCUCUGUGACCACCAGUGCCAAGGUCAUACGCUGUGCCCUCAUUGCCGUUGCGGCUGUGAAUAAGGACAGGAGCAGCCAGUCUACAGUCCCAAAGACCACAGUUAUAAAGCUGCCUGGCCCCAGGUCAAAGCUCCCAACUCCACUAUCCAUGUGGAAGUGAGUCUGCCCAUACCCACCUAGAUAUACAUAAAACCCCUCAGAUCUGAUAUGGAGAGAUGCCAAUAAGGAAUCAAGAAUAGUACCUUUAUUUUUAAUAUCACACCUCAUUGGCUUUAGCUAAGUAAUCAGGCAUAUUUUUAUAAAUUACUUUGUACUGAAAGUGUGAUAAAUAUAAGGUAGGCAAUAAAAUAACACAAUGGGUCCUCACAAUUUACCUGGAAUAAAGAAAGUAGGCAAAGGAAAGGAAAAAUAAGGCUGGAUAUGGUGGUAUACAGGAAGUUGUACUUAGAGUUAUUCAACAAGAUACUUGAAUAUGGUGUGAUAGAGAGGGAAUGGGUGAAGAGGGGAUAAACAGAGAAGGAUCUGGUCAGGAAUAAGACCCACUUUGAUGAGUAUUGAAGUUCUCCAUAUUUCAAAUGAGAGAUGGAGUGGUGGGGUGCUUGGAGGUGACUGCAUCAUUGAAGAUGCAUUGAGAGUAUUUACAUUUCUGUGUCCCAACUGUACACAAAACAAUAAAACCAGUGAUCUUUCAGUUGUGUUUAAAAUUGUGUGGCUUUUGUUAAAUAAGUGUGACCAACUCACUCCUCCACUACUGUACUGUAGCAGCUAGCAACUACAACAACCAGAAUAAAAUACUAUUUGGGCAAGAAUCCCCGGAUGAAA